AUGCUGGCCCGAGCACACUUUCUACGUACAAGAGCUGAGCCUAUGCUUUACUACAAGCCGUGGGAGCUGUCGCCAGGCGACGAAGAGAAGAUCAAAGCCCAGGUCGAAGAAGCGGAAGAGUUCAUCGAAAGAGAGGCUAAGCAGUGGGACAUCGAUAACGCAGUCACGAGCGACGAAGCCCCGCCACCAACCAAUGACGGCGCAGAUCCUUCUGAGACCAAAGAAGAGGAUGCUCGGGCGGUGGACACGGUGGGUGCUGCUACUAACGGAGAACAGCAUUCCAGUCCCCAAAUAUCUGAAGAUACUAAUAUGAACGAUACUGUUGCUUCAAUGGAGUCUGGAGACAGAGAAACGCCUGCUGAGCCACCUGAGGCCGUAAAGGAUCUUGGAGAUAACGGGGAAGAGGUGCUUGAAGGAGAGGAAGAUACAGUGAUCUACUGA